GAUCCUCACAUGAAAAAUGCAUCAAUCACCUGCCUAAAUACAGCACACAAUCUGCCCUUUAUGCAGCUUAUAAUGAAGGGUUUUUGAACAUUUCAAAUAUUAUCAUUUCACUAUGUCUGCUAAAGGUUCUUGGCCUUCUUACAAUCUACGAAGUUUUCUGGAACUAAUUAAUCGUUGCAGAGCCAGCUCCAGCAAUGUUUCUCACAGCUGCGGGUCUGGUUCUCCAGUGUCGAAGAUCGGCCAAGGUUUAUCGAUGCACCAAGGAUUACAGUUAAUCGUUGCCAAUAGCAAUAAAUGGAGACGAUCUCAUUUCAAAAUAACGAAGAGCGACAAGGUUGUACCACCAGUUCCAAAUCCUCCUGGAAGCAACUCCCCCACUUGGGCAAAAUGGAUCUUGGGAUCUAUACUAUCCGUCUUCCUGCCUUUUUGGAAGCAAAAAAGGGAGGAGCUGAAUAGGAUAGAAGGAGUGGCGGAAAUUAUUGUAGACGAGGUUGAACAUGUAGCUGAGGAGAUAGAAAAGGUGGCAACAGUGGCGGAGAAGGUAUCAGAGGAGGUGGCAGAAGUGCUGCCUGAAAACGGAAAACUGAAGGAAACAGCUUUGUUGAUAGAACACGUUUCGAAAGCAACUGCACAUGAUGCUAAACUAACUCAAGACUUUAUUCACAAGAUAAAACAUGCAGGUGGAUGCUCAGCAUGACAUUGAUGACUUGAAGAUAAUGGUUGACCCUGUAAUUGAAAAGAUUGUGCAGCAAAACUCCCGAGGAAAGUAAAAAGGGAGAGAGAAUCAGUUGCCACUAUUAACACAAGCAAAAGCAUAUGUUUCUUUGCAUUAAGAAAUGAAUCUAUAUGGACCUCCUCCAGUUCUCUGUAAUUAUGCAAUCAUUCAUAUUUGAGAAUGCUUAUCAGAGAUAAUGUUAAUUUCAUUAUAAAACAAAGGUGCCUGAACAGAGCAAAUAGCAAUAGAA